CCGCCCCGGCCCGGCCCCGCCAAGCCCUUCUCCUGCGCCGACUGCGGCAAGGCCUUCAGCUGGAACUCGUACCUGGUGCGCCACCGGCGGGUCCACUCGGCCGAGCGGCCCGAGGCCGCCCCGGCCCCCGGCCGGAACUCGCACCCGGCCCAGCCCCGGCGGGUCCAGCCGGGCGAGAGGCCCUUCCCCUGCCCGGACUGCGGCAAGGCCUUCGACAAGAACUCGCACCUGCUCCAGCACCGGCGCAUCCACACCGGGGAGAAGCCGUUCGGCUGCGGGGACUGCGGCAAGGCCUUCGUCCAGAGCUCGCACCUGACGCAGCACCGGCGCGUCCACGCGCGGGAGGGCCCCUAGCCCCGGCGGCGGGCGGGACGCCG